AUGUCUCCAAGUAAUAAGGAAGUUGCUUCUUUAAUCGUUGAUUAUUUAUCUCAAUUGGUUGAAAAGAAGGCAGUCUCAGAAGAGGCUAUCGAUUCAUUAAACGUGGCCAUCGAUUGUAUUGGUGAGUCCUUUGAAGUUCAAAAGGGCGAUUCAAAAGCAGUCUUCGGUGGUAAGGGUCUAGUUGAACUUUUGCAGAACGAAUCUGGCUCUUCAUCUGAAACUGCCACUACUCAAGCCGAGAGUAUUAAGGUCAAUAUACCAGCGGAAGAUGCUGAAACGAAGGCCAAAGCAGAGACUUUGAAAUUGGAAGGUAACAAAGCCAUGGCUUGUAAGGACUUUGAUUUGGCUAUCAAAAAAUAUAGCGAUGCAAUUGAAGUUUUGCCUACUAAUGCUGUUUAUUACGCCAACAGAGCUGCUGCUCAUUCCUCUAUGAAGGCUUACGAAGAAGCUAUCAAGGAUGCAGAGAGUGCCAUCAAGACAGACCCAACAUACUCUAAGGGCUACUCGAGACUUGGUUACGCCAAGUUUGCGUUGGGUCAGGCGGAAGAUGCUUUAGAAGCUUACAAGAAGGUUCUUGAUAUUGAGGGUGACAAGGCCAGCGACGUGAUGAAGAGAGAUUACGAGACUGCAAAGAAGAAAGUUGAGCAAUCCUUGGAUUUGGAGAAAAAGCCAGAAACUCAGGCUAGAGGUGCCGAUGCAGGUGCAGGUGGCGCAGGUGGUUCCGGUGGUUUCGGGGACUUUGCUUCUAUGUUGGGAGGUGGUCUUGGUGGUUUGUUGAAUAACCCUCAAUUGAUGCAAGCUGCUCAACAAAUGAUGCAAAACCCACAAGCUAUGUCCCAAAUGGAGAGUAUGAUGCAAAACCCAGGUGUUAGACAGAUGGCCGAAAACUUUGCCCAGGGCAAUGGUAUGCCAAAUAUGGGUGACUUGAUGAACAACCCAGCUCUAAGAGAUAUGGCUGGUAGCCUGUUCGGAGGCGCUAAUGGUAACGCUCCAAAUGAUGUCCCCAAGAACUCAGACAAUGGUAGCAACUAG